AUGGCUGAGCCGUUAUAUGGCAAAUUUACCGGUGACAAUGCUGAAAUAAAUUCUCUGGCAUUGUUAGAAGGCCAUUACACAUUACCUGAUCUGUUGGACCCAGCUAUGGCUUCUUUCUUAUCUCACUGCCGGUUUCACAAAGGGCACUCUCCAGUCCACUUGCAAGUCUCCAAGGAUCACGUGUACUUCUGGUCGCGGAACCCUGAGAAUAAAGGAUCCAAACCUCAUGGACUACAUAAUGGACACUUUCAGGCGGCUAUCCAGUCUCCAUCUAUAGCGUACUGUGAUGCCCUCUUCCGGAACAUUGCUCUCACCACAGGGUUUGUUCCUCUUCAAUGGCAAAACCUGAUGAACUUUGCCAUUGAAAAGAAGCCAGGAGACUUCCGCCUAUCUAAAAUGCGCACCAUCCAGCUGAUGAAUUCAGAGGCCCAGGCAAACAAUAAGAAGGCAGGCCGUGCAGCCAUGCAAUUUGCCAAAGCGCACUCCUUGAUACCCGACGGGCAAUGCGGCUCACGCAAACGUCAUCAAGCAAUUGACCUGGCCUUGUCUAAACGAUUAGUGUGGGAUCUACUGAUCCUUCAACGCCGCACAGCGGGGUGGAUCUCGAAUGAUGCCAAGUCCUGCUUUGACCAUGUUGUCCACUGGGUGGCCAUCGUCACAAUGUUGCGGUUUGGCUUGACAUGGCGUGUCCUAUCAUCGAUGUUCAACAUGCUCUCCUCCGCUACCCACCGUGUUCGCACAGGUUUGGUGACUCCAAGAGAAGCUUUCGCCCUCCGUCAGCGGUGCCAUUCCAAGGUUGUGGGCAAGGGAAUGGUAACAGGUGGUGCAAUCAAUCCGGAGAAGUCCUUCUGGUGGCUUAUUGACUUUGAAUGGGAUGCUCGCAAUGGUCAGUGGAGAUUCCGUAGGAAAUGCUCCGCGGCACCGGAAUUCGACCUUAAGAUACCGGGGUUAUACGGUGACAUUGAACCCCUUCGUCGCCUUGAACCAGAUGAUUCCGAACGUACUCUGGGGGUGAUGUUGUCGCCACUGGAAAAUCACAACGCACAGGAGGCACAGUUGGUCUCUAAAGCUAAAGCGUGGGCCAAACAGCUUUGGCCUCACCUGCUACACAAGUACGACGUGUUACCCUUAAUCCGGACCACAAUCCUGAAGAAGCUUGAAUAUCCUAUGGCACUCACUACCCUCAACGCUCAACAAUGGCAGGACAUUAUGUCACCGGUUCUCCAGGUGUGCUUACCUAAGUCAGGUGUUUGCCGCAACUUUCCCCGUUUGGUGGUCUUUGCCCCGGUGGAUUAUCAAGGCCUUGGUGUUCCUCACCCCUUUGGCAAGCAAGUGUACAAACACUUGGAGAUGAUCCUGCGCCAUAAAGUCCAAACCGAGAUCAGACUGGAUAUCGUGGAAAAUCCGUAG